GGUGACCUGAAAAGGCGCGAAGCUGAAAUAUUUUUGCACGGAUAGAUUUGGAGUGAAGAUUGUGCUCUAUAAAAGGUAAAGUUGCCGUUUUAUUUUCGACAUGGCUUCCCCGACGGCUGGUGCGAGAAGCCUGCAAGCGUUGCCCGCGGCGACGGCUCGUCUGUUGUCCAGUACGCUGGUCAUCACGUCCGUCUUCAGCGUGGUGAAGGAACUGGUGGAAAACUCGCUGGACGCUCAGGCCACCAGUGUGGAUGUUAAACUGGAGUCGUUUGGGUUUGACAGGAUCGUCGUGAGUGACAAUGGCAGUGGUAUCAGCCGAGCAGAUGCAGAGUUCAUGGCCCAGCGACAUUACACGUCCAAACUUUCACACCAGGCCGACCUGGACAGUCUGGAGACUUAUGGCUUCAGGGGAGAGGCACUGGGAUCUCUCUGUGCAGUAGCUGAUGUGACGGUCACCACCAAGACUGCAGCUGACGACUUCAGCAUGAUCUACACAUUGGACAGGCAGGGCAAAAUCACUAACAGCAAACCUGCACAUCUGGGGCAAGGUACAACCAUAACAGUCACAAACCUGUUCAAGAACGUCCCGGUGCGCAGACAGUACUACAGCGCCCCCAAGCGGCGGAAAGAGGAACUGAAGCGUGUGGAGGACAUCAUGAUGGCAUUGGGUGUCAUCAAGCCUGAUGUCAGAUUUUCACUCAUACACAACAAGUGUACAGUGUGGCAGAAGAACAAGUAUCCCGACCACCGUACAGCUCUGCGGACUGUGCUGGGCACCGGCACCAUGGCACUACUGCAGGGGGUGGAACACAGGAAUGUAGAACCACAGGUGGACGUGCAGGGAUUCCUCCCCAAGCCUGGAGCCGACCCUCAGGCCGUCACUCGAGCCACGACUGACCGCUCCUUUGUAUUCUUCAACGAGAGGCCAGUCCAGAUGAAGGGGGUGGAGAAGCUGGUGCGUCAGUAUUACCACGGCAGCACGUCUGACGGGGCUUCCUCACGACAUCCCAUAAUAUUCCUCAGCAUCAAGGUACCCCCAGCGGAGAUAGACCCCAACGUGGAGCCCAACAAGACAAAAGUCCUCCUGCACAACAAUGAUUCCAUUCUGUCCGUUAUUGAAGAGAUGCUGCAGACAGUGUACAGCUCUUCUGAUGAUGCAAACCACAGCAAAGCUACAAGCGAAGAAGCCAGAGACACGACACAUAAGAGUACAAGUUCCUCGGACUCCAACAAACAGCAAAACACACUGGAACUUAUGGAAGAUGAACAUCUGUCAUGUGCCUAUGCUUCGAAUAAAACUAGGAAUGAAGAUGAUUUGACAACCACAGAAAAGAUUGCACCUGCGGAUUGCAAAACUCUAGAGUCAGAAGAAGACACAAGAAGAGAGAAAGUUGCCAAUGGUCACAGCAGUACUGUACAUGUAGAAGUUGAAAUAAGGGAGCCUUUGGAUGCAGUAGAAAAUACAACAGUUAACGUUACUGUUGAUACAACAAACAUGAGCUCAAAUAGUGACUCUGACAUUACAAUGGGCGACUCUAUGCUUGCUGAAAUCAAGACCCCUGACACCUCCACCACAAGGCCCCAUAGGCCAGCAGACGAUACAGAGAUAUCCUUGUUUUCAAUCAAUGACUCGCUGCUAGGAGAAUUGGACUCACAAGAGUCUCUACAGCAAGCGGACAAACUUCAUGAAGAUUCUCAGAUGAGUUUUUCCAUUUCUAGUUCUUUCCUUGGAGACCUUCCUGCUCCUAGUCCAGCUGCAACUGGUAAGAAAAGUGAUGAUGGCGUCAGCUUUAAUCUUCUGACUCAAACCUCCCUCAGUCUUGUACUUAGUGAUGAAGAAAAAGAGGAAAAUGAUAAAGAAAGAAGAAAAGAACGUGAUGGUAUAGCUGAGAUUUCAAGUACUUCAAAUUCAACCAAUCAGAUGCUCAGAAAAGAUGGAGUCCCUCCUCUCCCGUCAUUGGACAGUGACGAUCCUACCCCAACCAAUCAGAAAGAGGAUGAGAUUCCAAUAGCCAAUGAGGUGUCAGCGAAGACAUGGAGUGAAGGAAGAGGAUUGGUCAACUCUGUUGGAGAGGCUAUUGAACCUGUGAGACUAUUGGUUCCUGGAGUGACCAAUCAGGGACAAGAUCGGUCAGCACUCACAAGUGCUGACAAGGGAAGCCCGGGAAGGAAAAACACCAUACUGGAAAAGGAAGGCCAAACGACAAUGUACGACUUAGUUGGGAACAAACCAGUCAAGAAGCCACAGCCAGCUUACAGUUUCUUCAUCAAGGAUGUCAGACCUACUGUGUGCCAAGAGAACCCAGAAGCUGACUUUGCUGAAAUCGCUCGCCUCAUUGGCCAGCGUUGGAAGCAGCUGGCCAAUGAGGAGAGACAACGCUACGAAGCCAUGGCAACCAGAGAUCAACAAAGCAUGACGUGGUUGAAAGAAAAAGUUGGGAAAGAAGUUCCUAACAGUUGUGAUGCAGAUGAAACGCUUAGUCUGAUUGGUCGGCUGGCACCACACGGUGUGUGGGUCGGAGUGCAAGGGUCGGAGGUCGUUGCAGUUCACCAGUACAGGAUACAGGAGGCGCUGCUGUACAACAGGCUGAUGGAGACGCACGUGUUGCCACGGCAACCGCUAAGGGCACCAGUGGUUCUGAAUGAAAGCACAACAGGAGGGACUCUAGCAUGGCAAACCCUACAGAACUUGGCCUGUGAGAGCGCCCACCCCAGCCCUUCUAGGAAGAUCUGCGACCCAAGACUGGUUAACAAUGGGUUCGACGUCCAGCUGACCAGUGACAAGGAGGGCAAUGUCAGGGCGGAGGUCAUUGCCAUGACAACAUGCAUGCCCUUUUAUGGGGUGGACGAUUUGAAGGAAAUCCUUGGCAUCAUCAGCAGAGCCAGCAGCACUGCUGUGUCCACCAGCAGACCAGUUAAAGUCAUACACUACCUGAAAGGAGAGGCUGUGCGUAUGGUCCGUAGCCUCCCAAGAACCAUGACACACGACGACGUAUGUGACAUACUCAGGAGAAAGGAAAAGGAACUGCCCAAGUGUCGGACAUGUCUCCACAGUAAACCCUUCAUACAGAAUAUAUACACACUGGAGGAGCUGUACUCAUAG